GAAGAAGUCCAGCCAGUUCUCUACAGAGAGAGACUGAGAUUCAAGGAAAUGGAUUCCAGGAAUACAAGCCAGUGACACUCCAUACAUAACCUACAGCUGCAACUUAAACAGAACAAGUCCAGCCAGUCUAAUGCCUGAGCGUCAAGGAAAUGGAUUCCAGAAAAAACAAACAGUUGAAACUCAGAACAUAAGUACAGUAAGAUUCUAGAGAAUCUCUCCCACUGCUGCUUGGAGAGGAGGUUGCAGCAACUAGCUGUUUGAUCAUAAAGAAUGGCUGAUCCUGGGUCACCAACACACUCUGAUGACGCAAGAUCACAGACAUACAGACCCCCAUCUCCAACACUCAGCAGUGUGUCUAUGAAGAGUGAUGGAUCCAUGCAUGACCCUCCAACACUUAACAGUAGACCAGCAGCACAGGAUAAACCUGAAUCACAGACAUACAGACCCCCAUCUCCAACUCCCAGCAGUGUGUCUAUGAAGAGUGAUGGAUCCAUGCAUGACCCUCCAACACUGAACAGUGGACCAGCAGCACAGGAUAAACCUGAAUCACAGACAUACAGACCCCCAUCUCCAACUCCCAGCAGUGUGUCUAUGAAGAGUGAUGGAUCCAUGCAUGACCCUCCAACACUGAACAGUGGACCAGCAGCACAGGAUAAACCUGUAUCACAGACAUACAGACCCCCAUCUCCAACUCCCAGCAGUGCGUCUAUGAAGAGUGAUGGAUCCAUGCAUGACCCUCCAACACUGAACAGUGGACCAGCAGCGCAGGAUAAACCUGAAUCACAGACAUACAGACCCCCAUCUCCAACUCCCAGCAGUGUGUCUAUGAAGAGUGAUGGAUCCAUGCAUGACCCUCCAACAUUGAACAGUGGACCAGCAGCACAGGAUAAACCUGUAUCACAGACAUACAGACCCCCAUCUCCAAUGCCCAGCAGUGCGUCUAUGAAGAGUGAUGGAUCCAUGCAUGACCCUCCAACACUGAACAGUGGACCAGCAGCACAGGAUAAACCUGAUGAUUUGUCGACUGUUCAGUUGAUGGGUGGAGUGCAUGAACAGGUACUGAGUGACAGCAUCAACAAAAACACAGGAACUGAGGACCUGAGGGGAGUUAUAGAGAAUCACAAAGCCAGUCUGAGGAGGAAGUUUGAGAACAUAUCUGAAGGCAUCAUCAAACCAGGAGCUGAGACUCUCCUCAAUAACAUCUACACAGAGCUCUAUAUCACAGAGGGAGAGAGUAAAGGGGUGAAUAUGGAACAUGAGGUCUGGCAGGUAGAGUCAGCGUCCAGAUCUCAAAGCACAGAAGACACGCCAAUCAAGUGCAAUGACAUCUUCAAGCCCUUGCCUGGACAGGAGAAGCACAUCAGAACUGUGAUGACCAAAGGUGUUGCUGGCAUUGGAAAAACAGUCUCAGUGCAGAAAUUCAUUCUUGACUGGACAGAUGGGGUAGCCAAUCAGGAUGUAGACUUUAUGUUCCUCCUACCUUUCCGUGAGCUGAAUUUGGUUAGAGAAAAUCAGUAUUCUCUUCACAGGCUCCUGCUUGACUUCUAUCCUGAACUGAAGGAGCUAAAGGAUGGUGACGAAUACAACAACUGUCAGGUUGUGUUCAUCUUUGAUGGAUUGGAUGAGAGUCGGUUAAAGCUGGAUUUCCAGCAGACCAUGCUCUUGUCUGAUUUAAAACAAACAUCGUCAGUGGAUGUUCUGAUGACAAGCCUCAUUCAGGGAACUCUGUUUCCCUCUGCACUCAUCUGGAUAACCUCACGACCAGCAGCAGCCGGUCAAAUUCCUGCUCAGUAUGUCGACCUAGUAACAGAAGUACGAGGAUUCAAUGACCCACAGAAGGAAGAGUACUUCAAGAAGAAAAUCAGUGAUGAGAGUCAGGCCAACAAAAUCAUCUCACACAUUAAGGCAUCCAGGAGUCUCCACAUCAUGUGCCACAUUCCAGUCUUCUGUUGGAUUGCAGCCACUGUACUUGAGCAUUUGCUGAAAUGGAAGAACACCCAAGAAAUCCCCAAAACUCUGACUGAUAUGUUCAUACACUUUUUGAUUAUCCAGACCACCAGGAAGGAUCAGAAGUAUCGAAGUGGACAUGAAGUGGAUAAAAAGAAACUUCUGGAAUCCCAGAAAGACAUUUUGCUGAAGCUGGCAGAACUGGCUUUCAAGAAUCUUGAAAAUGGACAUCUAAUGUUUUAUGAUGAAGACCUGAGAGAUUGUGGCAUUGAUGUCAGUGAAGCCUCAGAGUCUGGCAUGUGUACUGAAAUCUUCAAGGAAGAAUCUGUGUUUAAUCAGAAAAAGGUCUACUGCUUUGUGCAUCUGAGCAUCCAGGAGUUUCUGGCAGCUCUGUUUGUGUUUCACUCUUACAUGACUGAGAACCUUCAUGCACUGAAAUUUCUCCUCAGUGAAGAACACAGAGGUGAUUACAGCCCCUUAACUGGAUCAUUCUUCCGGUCAGUGAUGGGCUUACAUUUACAAUAUUAUCCCAGCCCCUCGAUUAUAUCAUACCUUUGGUCAGUGCUGGGCUUACAAUCGGAAGAUCGUCUUCAUGUGUUACUUAAGGGUGCAGUGGAUGAAACAUUGAAGAGCAAGAAAGGACAUCUGGAUCUUUUCCUUCGCUUCCUUGUGGGCAUCUCUCUGGAGAGCAGUCAGAUGCUUCUGCAAGGUCUACUGAACCAAGUAUACAACACCUCAAAGAGCAUCAAGGAGACGUGCCAGUACAUUAAGCAGCUCAACAGAGAAGAUCUUUCUCCUGAAAGAUGCAUCAAUCUUUUCCACUGUCUGUUUGAAAUGAAUGAUCAAUCCAUGCACAAAGAAAUUCAGAAAUACUUGUCAUCACCAAAUAACACUGAACAGAAGUUGUCUCCUGCUCACUGUUCAGCACUGGCCCAAAUGUUGUUGAUGUCUGAGGAGGUACUGGAUGAGUUUGACCUGAAGAAAUACAACACAUCAGAUGAGGGACGCAGGAGACUGAUCCCAGCUGUGAGGUGCUGCAGAAAGGCACGACUUUCUGGCUGCAAACUUACAGAUAAGUCCUGUAAGAUUUUAGCCAGUGUUCUACAGUCACGAAACUCCCUGAUAGAGCUGGACCUGAGUGACAAUGACCUGGGAGAUUAUAAAGUUCAGCUUCUUUCUAAAGGACUAUCUAGUCCCCACUGCAAACUGCAGAUAUUAAGACUUGCUGGCUGUAAACUCACAGAUAAGUCUUAUGAGCGUGUGGCCUCAGUUCUACAGUCACCAAACUCCCUGAUUGAGCUGGACCUGAGUUACCAAGACAUGAGAGAUGCUGGAGUUCAGCUUCUUUCUGAAGGACUUUCUAGUCCCAACUGCAAACUGCAGACAUUAAGACUUGCUGGCUGCAAAGUCACAAAUAAGUCCUGUGAGCUUGUGGCCUCAAUUCUGCAGUCACCAAACUCCCUGCUAGAGUUAAACCUGAGGGACAAUAACCUGGAAGAUUCUGGAAUUCAGCUUCUUUCUAAAGGACAGUCUAGUCCCCACUGCAAACUGCAAACAUUAAGACUAGCUGGCUGUAACCUCAGAGAUGAAUCCUGUCAGAUUUUAGCCAGUGUUCUACAGUCAGAAAACUUCCUGAUAUACUUGGACCUGAGUCACAAUGAGCUGAGAGAUUCUGGAGUUGAGCUUCUAUGUCAAGGACUGUCUUCUGCUCACUGUAAACUGCAGAAAUUAAGACUCUCAGGUUGUCUCAUCUCUACGAAAAGUUGUGAUUUUCUGGCUUCAGCUCUGACUUCAAACGCCUCCCAUCUGAAGGAGCUUGAUCUGAGCUACAAUCACCCUGGAAAAUCAGGAUCGAAUAUGUUAUCUGCUAGACUGAAGGAUCUUCACUGUAAACUGAAGAAACUUAACACUGACCACUGGGCAAAAAUCAGAUUGAGACCAGGAGUACAGAAAUAUGCCUGUGACCUCACAUUGGCCCCAAAAACAGCAGGCAGAGAACUAUCUGUCUCUGGGGGGAACAGAAAGGUGACACGUAUGAGAGAGGAUCAGUCAUAUCCUGACCACCCAGAGAGAUUUGACUGGUGGGGUCAGGUGUUGUGUAGAGAGGGUCUGUCUGGAUGCUGCUACUGGGAGGCUGAGUGGAGUGGGUAUGGAGCUCAUAUAGCUGUGGCCUAUAAAAGCAUCAAGAAGAAAGGGAGGGAUGAUGACAACCAGCUGGGACGAAAUGCCAAGUCCUGGAGUCUGGAGUGCUCUCCUAACAUUUACUCUGCUUGGCACAAUAAGGAACACACUGCCAUAUCUCCUCCCUCCUCCUGCUCCAGAAGAGUAGGAGUGUACCUGGACUGGCCGGCCGGCACUCUGUCCUUCUACAGCGUCUCCUCAGACACACUCACCCACCUCCACACGGUCCACUCCACAUUCACUGAGCCCCUCUGUCCAGCAUUUUGGGUUGGUUAUGAAUCCUCAGUGUCCCUGUGCCAGAUCACAUGAGCUCCUUCUCCAACAAGUACUUCCAUCUGUCACCUGUUCAUGCAGUAGCAGAUCUUGCCUUUGGACUGUUUUCAGACUUGUGUGUUUUCUCUUCAUGUGUGUGUGAGCAUGAACACUGCGUCACUCACCACACUAUAAAAUAUACAGUGUUAGAGUAACGUGUUACAAAAAUAAUGUAAUUACUGUAAUAUAUUGCUGAACAACAGAGGAGAAAAAAAAUCUGCGCCAAUAGUAGAACGUUAUCUCCUGAUACUGGUUGAAGAUGACUGUGGCUGCAGCAGACUCGAAGUUGGACUCUAUUUGCGGGAUGGACAUAAUCCUACGCUCAUUAUUUUCAGCUUGUUAGAGACAGGGAUACGAAGAACAUAAUAGUUAAGUGCACUUUGUGUGCGAAACCGAAAUAUCUCUCUAUGUCUCGCGAAAUAGCAAGUAAUUUAAUGAAACAUCUAAAGUGGUGCCACGCUAAUCUUUUUGAUUCUUGAUAAAACACAAACUAUGCUCUUGCAGUGAAUGCCAGCUUUGUGCCGAGAACUUGAAUUAAAGAGAAUAAAGGGAUAGAAAUGCAGAAAGGCAGUGCCACCGCUCCCACUACGCGUAUCAAAAAAAUCUCACCGAGUGGUAGCGGUGUUCGUUGAUGAUUAAAAACAAAUAUCGGCGCAAUGUAUGAUUUCAAUCCGUGUUAUUUGCUAUUGUGGAACUAUUUUUUCAGAUACCUCACAACCGCAAAUAACCUUCCGCUCAAUAUUUGAGCCUGAAGCAUAGACAGUAAAAAAAGGUCUCGUGGCACAGUCAAAGUCAAGCAAAAAGACUACAACCAAAUGUAAACUUUGUGCAUGCCCACUGAGAGUUUGUGUGUUGAAGGGGGAGGGUUGAUGCCUUAACUGUAAUGAAAUUGCGUACUGUCGCCCCCUGUUGGAGGAAGAAGGGGAGAGCCCCAGUGGAGGUGGGUUGAGGCCUUAACUGUAAUGGAAUCACAUUACUUCUGUCCUGGUACUCCUGACCUGAUACUCUCCCAUCAUGUCAGCACAUGCAGUACUGAUGCAUCGAUGCGUUCAGAUGGACGAGGGCUGUCCUUACAUGAGAGUGGUUGUCACUCAAGUAUACUGAGGAUAAUAUUGCUCUUUCAGCAUUUCAGAUUGUGUGGGUGUGGGUGUGUAUAUGUGUGUGUGUGUGUGUGUGUGUGUGUGUGUGUGUGUACUGACAUGGGCCAGGAUUUCUUUGACAUGUGGGCGUAUGAGCUCAAGUUGUAACUAGUUGUUCUAUUGGUGUUGUUAUUCUAUUGCUGUUGUUAUUCUAUUGGUGUUGUUAUGAUAUUGGUGUUGUUAUUAUAUUGGUGUUGUUAUUCUAUUGCUGUACCUUGGAUGAAAGCAUCUACCAAAUAAAUAAAUGGCACAUUUGAUAGCCUACAAUUA